GCGUCUGGAAUAAGAAAGAAGCAGUUUCCAUGGACGACUUAUGCCAGAGAUUAUGUGGGCGCUACUGGUUCACCAGCGUAUCCACAAAGGUAAAAUAUACUACUGCUCUUGGAUAUCAAUGAAUAAACGAUCAAGCUCUAAGCGUAACUUGAAAUGUGACGCUAAAAUAAGCGGAUGUCAUGUUACACACGUAUACCCGUCCGGUACUGUUUACUAAUAUAAUCCGGUUAAUUACUUCUUUUUUUUUUGCUUCUGUAAAUUUUCUGUUUCCCAUUUAUAAUAUUCUGUAUGUUACGGUAGUAUAACGAGCAUAUUGGGAGUCGCUCGCGGCAAGCAUACGUAAUAUGACCUAAUUUUAGUUACCUUUGAGCAGGUAGAGAAUCCCAGUGAUGAAGUGAAGACUUAGUGAAGUGUCUCACCAACUCUGAGCAGCGCUGUCUUAGUGUCUUUAGAGUCGUCUUCUUUGUCAUGGCAUUUGCCUAAGUAUUCCGAAACUAAGUUACGAGACCCAUUUGAGAAACUGUUACACUUCUUGAUCCAUAUUAUGCCCUACUUUGCCAAAAUCGUGACUUCAAACUCUAAACGACACCUUUCAACUUCCUCUUAAACUGAUGGUCACUUCAGUGAUUCAUCCCCAGUCACGCACGUGAAAUCCGUGAAGAACUGCACGAGCACCAAACGAAACCUGCGGGUAACCACCACCUCUCGCUCAGAUAUUAGGGCAAAUUCAUUCCGUCUUUUCAGGUUGAAUUUUUAUCUGAAAACACUUUUGCACGUAAAAUUAAAGCGAAGCUGAUGAACCAAUAAGUAACUGCGGGGGAGUGACCCCAGUGAUGGGCUUCUGGCAACUGCAGAAACUGAGGCGGUGCAGAAUAGUUGUUGAGUAAGACUUGGGAUCGGGAUGACUUUGAGUUUCAAAAUUACAGUGUGAGGUGAACAAUGAGACUGAGAGACUUUCGAAUACCUUAGGAAAAAAAACUGCUUAUGAUUUAAACAGCUGAAUUCAGAAAAGGUUCAUGCCGCCGACCCAGAAACACCUAAAACACGCACUAAGAAAUUUCUUAGCUUGUACAGCAAAAAUAAAAAUCAUCAAACAAAGGCAUAAUUCAGUAAGCUUAUGAAUAGUCUUACAUUAAGAUUCAAUCUACAGACACGAAAUUUGGUCAAAUUUAGAACCACCUGCCUCACCUGCACAGCAAGGCUGAGUACCGCGGAGAGGCAUCGCUCAGAGGCUUUUUUGCUAGCAUAGUUUGUAGAGGGAACCCUUUACCAACUAUACCUUAAGUCACCUCGGUAUAAGCAUGAGUACCUUCGAUCAGACAACAGAGCGAUCGAACGGUGCCACAGUCGACCGUUUAGGAAACAGGGAAAGCUAGCGUGUCCAAAGACAUGGUCGACGGGCGUGAAGCUAACGCGCUAGAUCCAUUUUCUCAUUUACUCACUCCCACCCGUUGUGCUCGCAUGCAAUGAAUUUCCCGCAGAUUUAAUUUCUAUGUGCGUGCUCGAUGAUCUCUUGAGAGAUAAUAGAAGGUCCUUCAACAGGCUUUAGCACUGUUACAUGUAUUUACCUGCGGCAGACUUCACAGCCAAUCACACAAUAUUUAUUGACUCCAAGUAAGAGUGCAUGUUUUUCUCUUGCUCCUAGUAAACAUAGCUGACUGUUUAACCUACGCAUUCUUUCAUUUUUUUUCUCAGAAUGAGGACCGCCGAGCACCUCCCAUCUGGUUGGCCUUUUGAGUCCAGUCAUUACAAGUCCACAUUCAGAACCCCUCAGUUAGGUUACUGUCGUCACAAUGUGUAUCCUUCAUCAGUUCAUCGAAAGAACAACCCACAUGCUGCCUUGAUCGACCCUUACCAAUACCCAGACAAGGUAAUUACUCAGUCCAAACCAGAUUUAACCAGAUCUUAGACCACGGCAGCAUUAGCUCAUUCCGCGUAGAGCGCAUGACUGCAAAGCGGGAAGUCCCCGAUCCCCGAACCUACCCGAAACCAGCUUAGGGUCUAAAAUUGGCUGAGAAGUCAGUGCAGGCAAUGCCUUUACCCUGGAAAUGGCUAGGCCUUCGAGUGGCUCGGAUGCCCACGUUGAUAUGGCGUUCCCUGGCAGGUAAAUAAAAUACGUUUUUUAAUGAUAAAGAAGGUCGACCAAGGGGAUAGUAAUAUACCCUUAGACCAGGAAAAGAUUUGCCAGUGUACACCAAGCUCCCACUAUAUGUUCUGCUUGUUUACUACGCUUUCCUCUGUCAAUGCAGAAAUCUGAAGGUAGAGAGCAACGAUUAUAAAAAUUCAAGCCUAAUAAAUGUCAAUUAAAGUACGCACUUUCUAGUUAGACCUAGUUAGACCCGGCUUAUAAGCGCUUUUUGAGCGCUCAAAAGCUAAAGAAAUGAUCAGGCCGUGAAUUCAAUAAAGAAAUCCGCUGUCUGAAAAGAAGGCCAGAUUCAUGCACAGCGCCACAAUUCUUGUAGCCGGUGACCAGAUUCUAACCGGCAGCUUGUUUGUUAUUAUACUCUUUGUAGUCAUACGUGGUGUGGAAAAACAUCCCGUCACUAAAUCUCCCGCCCAUCCGGGAAUCGCAGUCCGCGCCGAACAUUCUACAACACAACAAAAACCGCUGGUUUACAACGACAUAUAACUCAGUCUUCAACGCGAAACCGCUAGGUAAGGAAAACUGCCAUUAGAUAGCAAAGCAAUGUAUUUGGCAGCUAGCAUGGUCCGACUUCAUCGCUAUGAAGCCUUAAGCUGUGUUUUUUUUUAUAGGCUUCACUAUUAGGCUUUACAUUCCCUAGCCUCCUACGCAGACGUUCUUAGGGGGUUCAUCACUGGGCAGGAACGCGUGACGAACCCCUAAGAACGUCUGCGUGGGAUGCUAUAUAUUCCUUCCCUUGCUUCCAAUCUCUGUUUCCGGGGUGGCUGCUCUAAAAGAAUGAAAUUCUUGAAACUUCCCUCAAGGGCUGCUGCGCAAAGACACCAAGAAUUCGCCCGUGGCCGUCAUCGAACUUGCCAUGCGAUAGAUGUUUCCAUUCUAAUAAUUCAGGAUACUCAACAGCGAGUCGAUGUCAUCGAUCGCGGGUUCAGUAAGUGCGUCAUCUUCAUCGAGUUGUUCUGGCGAGGAGUUCCUCGUUCCCUUGGCGAUGGCUCCUGAAGUAGAUUUGUUUGCCAUGGGCCGCCAUGGGGGGAAAUCUGAACGCUUUGGUUGCGCGCGCAUGUCUCAGGUGACUUCUUAGCGACACUGACCAGUGGUAUCUCGUUUUGUGGGCGUGGCUUAAAAACGUUUCACACACAGGUUCAGGUACAACCGUACCUUGCGAGCAGAGGUUUCUCUCUUGCAUUGCUUUUAGCAUUUACGAAGUCUUUCGCGAAGCCUCUCUGUCGCGUAGUUGGUUUGUUUCACCGGGCGUAAACAAACCCACAACGCAACACCAUAAGCCAUGCGAACGACUUCGUAAACGCUAAAAGCCAUGCAAGAGAGAAACCUCUGCUCGGAGGGUAGUGGAACCGAUUCAAAAGCAACAAUCAAAUCAAUUGGCGCUGAGUAAGCUUGAAUUUUCUACAAGGUACCGCGAUAAAGAUGGCCAUUAUAGAUUUAGAAACCGGCUCAAUGGAACCAAUCCACAAAUUUAUCCUUUCCCCUGAACAUGGGUGCAACAACUACUCCCAUCAAUUUUGUAUCUAAAUCAUUAGACGCCGUGAAAGAAACUCCAUUUAACAAGCUAAAAGUUGGAAACUUAGUGUUUUAAAAACAAUCACGAGUAAGCUACGAGUACCAAUCAUCGGGUUCACGUCUGUUUUACAAUUUCAGAACUUCCAAACUACAAACCAAGAACUGCAUGGAAAACAGAUCGCUUCAGGCCGGACUCCAAAGGUAGGUUGGUACUUGGAAGAGAAAUUUAUUUUCCUUCUCUCUAGGAAGAAUGCGCAGAUAUAUGUUACUGCACUGAGUUAAUGAAUUUUCUCAUUGGUAUAUGGAAAAUUCACUAUUUCAAGGUUGACGUACCAUUAAACUCGAACAUUUUUCUCGCAAAAUUGCAACUUUAGAGCUUCUUUAAUCAGUAUGGGUUCUGUUAUAAUGGCGUUCUUAAUCGUGCGCUUUUAUCAAGGUAAUAAAAUAUAUUCCCUUUCUGCCCCGCGAAAUCCGUGGCAUGAGAAUGAGUCUAGUUUGGCUGUGAGGAGUAUAAAAUGACGUGUUUUAGCGUACAAGGCGUCGAAUAAUUUGCUCGCGUGUAUCACGUUUGGCUCAAGGCUAGCUUAUUUAAAAAUAAUAUCGGUUUUGCUAUUGUUUAUGUUUUUAGCCCAGACUCCUGCUCUUCACUGGCAGACCGAGUACACCCAUGACUAUAGAGGAGCCCGGGGAAAACCAUCUACAACUGAACGGUGAGUGCAGUCUCAUUAGUCAAGAACUCUGUCGGAUGUGCCAAUUGCAGCCCCUACACUCUGUGAUGUCAAAUCAUAUUGGCCCCUGUCUGGCCAAAGACCUUUUCACUGACUUUAGCAAUCGUCGAGUGCCCGUACAAAAGAAGAUUUAUUGACCGCUAGUAAGAGGGCUGGGGGUGGGUAAACACGCACGGUCGGUGAAUUUCUGAAAAAAAAAAACUAUUUCAGGCCACAAAGCAGAGCUCGAUGUCAAUUCUGUGUCUAUUGGAGUUUAUUAGUUGGACGGGGAGUUGAGCUCUGCACAACCACACAAAUCCAUUAGGUGGGAGAGCGAGACCCUAGCCAAAACCUCUGCCUGAACGCGAGUCAAACGGCCUGAACACUCGUGACCUUCCUCCCAGCCCCCCGCCCCCCUUCUUCCCGGCUUUGAGGCAGUUACUCAUUGUUAUGCCAUCUUGCUUUCUUAUUUCAGACCCUAUGAUAUGUCCUGGAGCAACCUUAACAUGUGA